UGAUGUAGAUAAAUAGAUGUACUUUAUUUUUGUAACACACAGUUUCAGAAGCAUCAUCGGGGAUUUUUCACUCAAACCGUUAAGUUUGAAUUUAAUGUUUAUCUAAAUUAAACUUGUACAUUUAAAAAAAAAAAUAGGCAUUUUCUGAAUUUUUUUGAACGUUAUCACUCAGGCUUUGUUCCUUUGAUGAAUGUCACUGAAGGUCACCAAAGCAGCAGCCAUAUACCUUUGAAGUCUGUCCCUACAUAAGCGUCAGUUUUCAGUCAGUUUUCAGUCAGUUCUCUUCGGAAUACUUGGCUCGUUGCACCUGAACUCUGUUCUUGCUCCUGAACUCUGUUCCUGCUCCUGAACUCUGUUCUUGCUCCUGAACUCUGUUCCUGCUCCUGAACUCUGUUCUUGCUCCUGAACUCUGUUCUUGCUCCUGAACUCGUUUCUUUGGAUUUGCCUUGAAGAGAACUACGAUUGAUUUGAAUCAACAUGAUCCCAACACACGUGGGGUUUCUCGGCGCUGCCUCCUACGAGUCCGUCAGCUGCGUCACUGCAAACUUUCAAGCCUUCGUGACGGAUCUGAGUCACGAGGACUUGGACGUUGAGGAGAACCUGCAGGAAAUGGUUGAGCUCAUUUUCAAGAGGGCCGUGAAGAAACCAGACUCUGCUGCAGUCUUCGCGGAGCUGUGUCAACACCUCUCAGAAGUGGAGUUCCAGUCCUUGUCCGACUGGUCAGUCAGCGUCUCCUUCAGGUCUCUGCUGGUUAAACACUGCCAGGCAGAGUUCAUGAAGAACUUGGACAAGGAGGGCAUUCAUCAAGAGAGUUGGUCCUGCCUGAAGCCAGUCCAGGACGUGAGGGUCACCGACCGGCUGAGGGAAGAGCAACAGAACGCCAAACCUUCCGGUCGGUUCCUUAACAUGCUGAGGUUUAUUGGGGAGCUGUUCCUCUCCAAGGUGCUGGCAGAGAAAUCCAUGCACUGCUGCAUCAGGAGGCUGUUGCAGAAAGGAGACGGGCCGUCUCUUGAGGGCCUCUGUCAGCUCCUCCAGAUGAUCCAGCAGGACCUGGAGGUGGUGAUGGAAAAGGAAGUGAUGGACACCUACUAUAACCAGCUGGACCAUAUCGCAGAGAAAGGGAAGAGGGCACCAAGGCUCUCCCUUUUGUUGAGGGAAACAGUGGAUGCCAGGAAGAUGGCAUACUCCACCCCCCACUAAGUUUUUAAUGAAAACUCAUGUGGGAAAUACAACUUAUACACUUAUACAACUUAUACAGUGAUAUUUGUAAAUGGACAGAAACCCCCCACUGCAACCCCUCCUCCUACUCUGUAUAAUUUGCACUGGGUGACAUCAUGUCUGUACUCUGUUUGUGGUUUGUACUAU